GAAGGUUGCGCGCGCGGCCACGGAGGAGGGGGGGGAGCGGUCCUCCUCGGAGCCGUGAGUCAGUCCGGGGUCUGCUUGCGGGUCAGGGAGUGGUCGCGGCCGCCGUUCGCGCCUGCGCAGAGGGUCAAGAGGAAGAAGUUCAAGUGGACUGAGGGAGAAGAGAAGCCAUAGGCCGCCUUCCCGCCUGCGCCUUCCUCCCUUCGCUUGGUCCGAGUGAGUGAGGCCCGGCCAUGUCGGGGCUGCUGGGCAAGCUGUUCGGGACGGGCCCCGGAGGGAAGGGGGGCGGGAAGGGGCCUUCUCCUCAGGAGGCCAUCCAGCGGCUGCGCGACACCGAGGAGAUGCUGAGCAAGAAGCAGGAGUUCCUGGAGAAGAAGAUCGAGCAGGAGCUGGGCGCCGCCCGGAAGCACGGCACCAAGAACAAGCGCGCUGCACUUCAGGCACUAAAACGAAAGAAGAGAUAUGAGAAGCAGCUUGCACAAAUAGAUGGCACGUUAUCAACAAUCGAAUUCCAGAGGGAAGCCCUGGAGAAUGCCAACACCAAUACAGAAGUGCUCAAGAAUAUGGGCUUUGCUGCUAAAGCAAUGAAAGCUGCUCAUGACAACAUGGAUAUUGACAAAGUAGAUGAACUUAUGCAAGAUAUUGCAGAACAGCAGGAGUUAGCAGAUGAAAUUUCAACAGCUAUCUCCAAGCCUGUAGGAAUUGGUGAAGAAUUUGAUGAGGAUGAACUGAUGGCUGAGCUUGAGGAAUUAGAACAGGAAGAACUGGAUAAAAACUUACUGGAAAUCAGUGGCCCUGAGACAGUUCCACUACCCAACGUGCCCUCAAUAUCUUUGCCUUCAAAGCCGGCUAAGAAGAAAGAAGAAGAAGAGGAUGAUGAUAUGAAAGAGUUAGAAGCCUGGGCCGAGAACAUGUAGCUAUAUAUCACCUGUCAAGUAGAGAAACUAUCCAGACUCUGGUCACCUAGCACUCGAGGUGCACGCAUGGGUGGGAGACAUCAUUAAGCGCAACAUCUAUAUUUCUUUAAGCCCAAAGCUGUGGGAAUCGCAUUCUGCAUAGCAGGUCUGAGCAAGGGAAACAACGGUUUUCAAGGAAGGUUGCCUGUAGUUUAGGAUGUUGAAUUUGUUUAAAUAAUAAACCUUAUUGGCAAAAUUCGAACAUUCAGCUUCUGAACUUCGCUAAUGCCACUGCUGGACCGUUAUCUUUCAGAAUUCUGGCCAUGUUAAAUCUGACUGACUUCGGAUGUGACACCUGUAACUUAAGUUGAUUGAAUUUUUUAAAAGUAUUGUAAAGCAUUUCAAAAUGGAAAAAAUAAUAAGCUAUUGCUGGCUUAUUAUGCUUAGCUGUACAAAUAGAUUAGUUUUUUAUUUCUUUAUUUAUAUUGGCACCAUUGCUAUUCUACUUAUCACUACACUGAACUUGGUGACUCUUCCCAUUUUUAUUGGUGGAUUUGGAAUUGGAAUGAUAAAGCAAUUUUAUGAUGGGAAUAGCUGAAAUUUACACUUCAGUUCAAGCUGUACAUUUUUCUACCUAGCAUUUGGAUGUUGAUUGCUGUUUGUAAUAACCAAUGCCCCAUUUAGACACAAACAUAAUUUUAAGUAAGCAUUUUUGUUUGCACUGUAUUAAAUACCUUGAGUGAUUUUCACACGUGCCUGAUGUCUUCACUGUAUUGCUAUAUAAUGAAACUUCAUCUUGUAGUUUGUACAUAGAUUGUUUGGAUUAUUGUCUUUGGCGCUUCAAUCUACCUUUGAUACAGAAAUGUAGAUAUCCAGGUAUUACCACAUUUUAUAUUUGAAUUAUUGGGAUAGAUUAGGGUAGAAAUGCAAAUGAAGAUAUUCUGGCCAAAGCAACUGCUCAUGCCAAUUUCUCUGUUCCCUAACAUGAAUUGUAACUGAGGACUAAAGUCUGAUAUGCACUGUGAUGUAAUUCUUUAAAAAAAAAUCAGGACAAGGUGCAAUUUUUGAAGGAAUUGAAUAUUUAUACAGAACAGUCAUUUUUGCCCACUAUGGGGUGUUCUUCCUUGGCUUUGUGAAAUUGCAUUUUUUGUUUUGUUUUUUGUUUGUUUCCCAAUGUUGAUAGCUUUGUUUUCCCUUCUUAUGUGAGUGUUUUACUCCUUGGUUUCUGAGCCCAUUUUCUUCGGAACUCUAAAUAUAUGCAAUUACACUAAUAAUCCUCAUGCAUCAUGCAUUGUAUACAGAAAAUAAAAGGCAUUGAGUUGUAUCUCAGGGUUUCUAAACUAGCUAAAAUUUCAGAUGUUUUUCUUGAGCAGAUACCAUGUAGUUGCCUCCUGUUGAAGUUCAUACUUUUCUUUCCUAGAAGGUGUCUGCGAUCCUUUUCCAGCUGCUGAUCCCUUCACAGUCUUUGCAGACUUGCAUGUACUUUAAUACCCACUCUGUAAUUAAACUUGAUCAGCCUAUUGAGGCCUCUAAAUGUUGAGCCUUUAGAAAAUUAGUCAGAAUGUCUGAAUGAGAUUCUUCUGAAUUGGAGAGCUGUAAUAAUUCUAAUCAAUAUAAUUAAUAGGUUAAACCCUUUAUUCUUCCAUGAAAUAAGGGCGAGAAUGACAUCUGUAUGUGGUUUUCACAGCUUUACUGUCCUUUCCCUUGCACAUAUCUCUCAUUUUAAGCCAUUGUUUGAAGUUGAAAUUUCUGUUUAAUUAGAAAUUAUACAAAAUGAAUGAUAUAAAUUAAUAGGAAAAAUAAGUACAAUAUGACAAUGAGGAGGUUAUCUAGCUUCUUUAUUUGCAAUCUUUUGUGUAUGUUGUAUUUCAAGCUAAAGAAUAGAGGGAGGAUUGCUAUAAGUCUGUUCGUUGCUGCAGUAUACCCUAAUAAAAUUUUAGUAGAAUUA